CCCCCCCUCUCUCUCUAUCUCUCAAAGCCAAGCUUUACUCGGCACAGGAUAAAAAUGGCGUCUUGCGCCACGCCGUCGUCGGUAGCCCUAGCAUGCUCGCCGUCCUCCUCGUUAUCCGCGGCUCAGGAGCUCACCCCCUCUCUCCUCUCCUUCAGGAACCACCGCUCCUCCUUCCUCUCUCCCUUGAUUCUCAACUCCCUCAACUUCUGCUCCUUGGAUGAUUCCAGACCCAGGCACCUCGGCGACUCGGGUCGCGGCGCCUCCCUCGGUCUUGUUUUGGCCGCCGUCGCCACUGCCGACGCCGCGGACGCGGAGGUGGCCGAGGACGGUGCGGAGGAACCGAAAGAAGGCGCCGCCGUAGCCACCGUUGCUCCACCCAAACCCAAGAAAGGGAAAGCCGCUUUGCCGCUCAAGAGGGACAGAACUAGGUCGAAGAGAUUCUUGGAAAUUCAGAAACUUAGAGAAAACAAAAGGGAAUAUGACCUGAAUACGGCAAUUUCCUUGCUGAAAGAGACGGCUAAUACCAGGUUUGUCGAAACUGCUGAAGCCCAUUUCCGGCUGAACAUCGACCCUAAGUACAAUGAUCAACAGCUGAGGGCAACUGUGAACUUACCCAAAGGAACUGGACAGACUGUCAAAGUGGCUGUGCUUACUCAAGGUGAAAAGUUCGAUGAGGCGAAGAAUGCAGGAGCAGAUUUGGUUGGAGGAGAGGACUUGAUAGAACAGAUCAAGGGAGGAUUCAUGGAUUUUGACAAAUUAAUUGCUUCCCCAGAUAUGAUGCCCAAGGUUGCCAGUUUAGGAAAGCUUCUGGGACCACGAGGACUCAUGCCGAAUCCAAAAGCUGGCACAGUGACAACUAACAUACCUCAGGCUAUUGAAGAAUUUAAGCAGGGCAAAGUUGAAUACAGAGCGGACAAGACUGGGAUUGUUCACAUACCUUUUGGAAAAAUCGACUUUCCCAAAGAAGACCUCGUCGUGAAUUUCCUUGCUGCAGUAAAAUCCAUAGAAGCAAACAAGCCAUCUGGUGCAAAAGGAGUGUAUUGGAAAAGUGCACACAUAUGCUCCUCAAUGGGGCCAUCUAUUCGGUUAAACAUAAGGGAGAUGCUUGAUUACAAGCUCCAAUCAAAUGCCUAAACAAGGCUGUAAAUUGUCUUGCCUGGGUUCGUGUUCUUACCUCUUUGGGUAUCGAGGAAUGACAUUGUUCAUAGAGGUAUAGGAUGGUGAGAGAAAUCAUAUGAGGGAUUGCAUGUCGCGAAGUACAUUCCAUUUAUAGCCUCAUAGUAACUAUUUGCUUCUA